AUGACAUUGUCUCUCUCUCUCUCUCUCUCUCUCUCUCUCUCUCUCUCUCUCUCUGCAAAAGGAUUUGACAAGCCGCUUUACUAUUUGGCAGAGAAUCGCUUGUUCCCAUCCUAUCAUUCUCUUUCUCUCAUUUACUGCUUCUUUGUUCUUUUCUUUUAUGUCAACUUUUUCUUUUUCUCCCCAGCACUGUCAUCUAUGCAUUUCCCCAUUUUUCUUUUUGUUUGCUUUUUUGAUUAUCUUUUUCUUUCUUUCUUUCCUUCUCAUCCAUUUUUUCUUUCUUUUUUCGUCUUUAUUUUACCUAUUUCUUUUUUCUUUAUCCCUAUUUUUUUUUUCUUUCGCUUUCUCUUUUCAAACUCAAAUUUUCUACACCUUUCCCUCUAUAAGUUUUGUUUUUUUUCUUUCCGUACAAGAUCAUUUUAUAAUUUUAUCAUUCCCUUUUUCAUUUUUCUCUUAUUUAGACUCUCAUUUCUCUCUUUUUUUAUUAUUUUUAUUUACCCACUCCCUUCUCACUUAACCAUUAUUUCCUCUUUUUCCUUCAGUAUAUCUUUUUCUUUUUAUCUCUCUCUCUUUCUUUCUCCUGGUUAUGCUAUUGUCAUUCUUCUUCUAAUUUCUAUCUCUUUUUUUUAA